GUGGGGGAAGCGAUGCGGCGCCGGCGGGCUGCCGUGGCCGCGGGUUUCUGCGCCUCCUUCCUGCUGGGCUCCGUCCUCAACGUGCUCUUUGCACCGGGAUCGGAGCCUCCGAGGCCAGGCCAAUCCCCGGGACCUUCACCAGCCUCAGGCCUGGGACGUCGAGGGGGUCGUGGAGAGCUUGCCCGGCAGAUCCGGGCGCGUUACGAAGAGGUGCAACGCUAUUCCCGUGGGGGCCCCGGUCCGGGAGCUGGCCGGCCGGAACGGCGGCGCUUGAUGGACUUGGCUCCGGGUGGACCGGGCCUGCAACGUCCACGACCCCCGAAGACACGGACCUCAUCCGACGGUCCCCCGAGCUGGCCUCCGGGUUCCCCUGGACCGGGCCCGCGCCUGGGCUGCGCCGCUCUCCGCAACGUGUCCGGAGCGCAGUACGUGGGCUCGGGCUACACCAAGGCCGUGUACCGGGUCCGCCUGCCCGGCGGCGCCGUGGUGGCGCUCAAGGCGGUGGACUUCAGCGGCCACGAUCUGGGCAGCUGCGUGCGCGAGUUCGGGGCCAGGAGGAGCUGCUAUCGGCUGGCGGCCCACAAGCUGCUCAAGGAGAUGGUGUUGCUGGAGAGGCUGCGGCACCCCAACGUGCUGCAGCUCUAUGGCUACUGCUACCAGGAUAGGGAAGAUAUCCCGGACACGCUGACCACCAUCACGGAGCUGGGCGCCCCCGUGGAAAUGAUCCAGCUUCUGCAGACGUCUUGGGAGGACCGAUUCCGGAUCUGCCUGAGCCUUGGUCGCCUGCUGCAUCACCUGGCCCACUCCCCACUGGGCUCAGUCACCCUGCUGGACUUCCGCCCCCGGCAGUUCGUGCUGGUGGAUGGGGAGCUGAAGGUCACAGACCUGGAUGACGCCCGCGUGGAGGAGACUGCGUGUCAGAGCAGCGCCGACUGCGUCCUCUCAUUCCCAGCUAGGAACUUCACUCUGCCCUGCUCCGCCCAGGGCUGGUGUGAGAACAUGAACGAGAAACGGAACCUCUACAAUGCCUACAGGUUCUUCUAUACCUACCUCCUGCCUCACAGCGCCCCACCCUCCCUCCGGCCUCUGCUGGACGCCAUCGUUAAUGCCACAGGAGAACUUACCUGGGGGGUGGACGAGACCCUGGCCCAGCUGGAGACCACGCUGUACCUGUACCGGAGCGGCCAGUAUCUACAGGACUCCAAAGCAAGCAGCGGCGCCGGUGAGUGGCCUCAACCAGGAUCCAGGGACUGCGGCCGUGGGGACAGCAGGUGUACAAAGUACCAGCGCAUCCCAGACAGCACCAUCGCCCAGGCAGACUACCGCUGCUGGCCAUCGUACCACCACAGCGGCUGCCUCCUGUCCGUGUUCAACCUCGCCGAGGCCGUGGGCAUCUGUGAGAGCCACGCCCAGUGCCGGGCCUUUGUGCUGACCAACCAGACCACCUGGACAGGUCGGAAGCUGGUCUUUUUCAAGAGUGGCUGGAACCAACUGGUUCCUGAUGCCAGCAAAACCACCUAUGUGAGGGCCCCUGGUUGAUGGGUCAAGGGCUCAGCUGACCAGUUGACCAUCCUCGCCAGCUGGGCGUACCUGCAGCGGGGAGUGACUUGCCCUUGAGUCAUUGCAUGUCACCCGGGAGCUCUGCAGACAAGGCUAACCUCCCAGACCAACCGACGUGACCAGGACAAACGUGCAAUAAUGCGAAACGUUACAAAUGUGAGCUCGCCAGGGUUAGGCCUGAGACUGCUGGCCCCCAGCCCUGGGGUCAUUGGUUUGGGGGGGGUGGGAGGGGAUCU